AAUAACGAUAAUGACAACGAUGAUGAUAAUGAUAAUGAUAACGAUAAUGGUGAUAAUAAUGAUGAUGAUGAUGAUAAUGAUGAUGAUAACGAUGAUGAUAAUGAUAAUGAUAACGAUAAUGGUGAUAAUAAUGAUGAUGAUAAUGAUGAUGAUAAUGAUAAUAAUGAUGAUAAUAGACAAAUCAAACAUCAAGCAGUGUUGGCGUGACAGUCUGGCAGUUUAUUUAUUGACAGGUGAUGAUUAAUUUCGAAACCCGCAUGCAAUCACAAAUAUAAUCACAAACCUCUGCCGAAGGUGACAAACUACAAUGAUGCAAUAUACAAUAAAAACAAAAAUAAGAAAGAAAAUAAAUGGGUGGGUGGGAAGGGAAUCAAGAACUAGAUCGAGCUGGCGUAGAGCGCGAGGCGAACCGAGACUGAUUGACCCGUGGCGCGGCGGGUUAGUGAAUGUUACACAAUCAAACGGAAGUGCGUCACUUAAGUGUCAAUUAUACCCAGAUAAACCUAGUCGUUUUAUCUUAAUCAUAAUAGACAAAUCAAACAUCAAGCAGUGUUGGCGUGACAGUCUGGCAGUUUAUUUAUUGACAGGUGAUGAUUAAUUUCGAAACCCGCCAAAAGAGGAUCACGCCAACACAGUUCAAACACAGUGUUUGGUAUGAGUUUCGUUAUAAAGGAAGGCCGUCAGGAUCGGGGAAGGACGGAGAGGAGGCAAUUUGAGUAGCAACUUGCGCGGCCAAGGAGUAGCGCUGUCGGAGUGGUCUCGCAAGGUACUCGAGGUAAGCAGUGGAGGCCCAGUCGCCUUGAAGUUGAAUUAAUUCGUGGGAGAUACCUAGGGAGCUUGCAUAGGUGGCUCCGCCACGGCGAAAUGAAUGUCCGGAAUAAUCGUCGGGGGUGAAACCUGCAAGGCCAAGGAGAGCUUUUAGGUGUUUGGUGAACGAGUUGUAAGAGAGGGAGCGAAGACCAUGCGCUGUGGGGAUAACAAAAGCAGGACUGGAGGUCGGAGCUGGACACGUGUCGAAGAACUUGCGGAGAGCCUGAACUGGACAUAAGGCAUGAGACGGUAUGGAAACUAAGGGAAUGAGGAGCGUCCGCUCGCGAAAUUGGUUGACUUUAGACCAUUUGACAGAAACGAUAAGGCCCCACGAAGUGAAGUAAAAGUCGGAGCGUGAAAGGUGCUUGUUCGGUGAAAACUGCGCGUGACUUGGAGGGAUGAUAUUUGACUUGCGAAAGAAGCUGAAGAAACCAAGAAAGAAAGCCGCCCAGAGAGCGAGGUGAAGUGGCAGGGAGAGGUCCAUGACAUCACGAAGAGCCAAGAGAAUAGUCGGUGUGAUCGGGAGCUUGCGUUUAACCGACGCGGAGAGAAGACGUUUCAGGCCUCGUAACGUAAGUUGCACGCGACAAUGGGAGAUAGGAGGAGGUGGGUAGUCGAACAUGACGUGGAGCCAGCGGAGACCAUCCAAAUAGUUAGCGAUGGACGAAUACUUUAGUGUGCGGCUCAGGUACACACAGUAGCGACAAAGGUUCCUAACUGAAAUAGGGAAUGGGGACGUCUGAAGCAGGCGGCAAAAUCGGAGGUAUUUCAGGGCUUGAGACUUGCGAGUGGCAAGAGUGGAGGAGGCAUAAGCGUUGGAAAUAGCCAAGGCAACGGCGUCGUCGAGAGAAUCGCCAACAUCUAGGAGAGAAGGAGAAGGGGGCCCAAUUAGACCACAUAUAGCAAAGGCGGUAUUCAGGGGGUAUAGAUUUCUGUAACACGAGAUAAGCGGUCGGCAAAGACGUUUGCGAGGCCAGUAAUAUGGCGAGAAGUCAGGCGAAAGUUGUAGAUGGCUGAUAACCAGAAUAUUUCACGUAACCAGUCCAUAGCAGUAGGGUUUUUGCACGAACCCUUAUUCAGGAAAGCCAUGGCCUGUGUAUUAUCUGUGUGUAAACAAACGUGACAGUUCGCCCAAUGCGGAGACCACCUACGGAUUGCUUGUAACGCCGCGUACAGUUCAAGGUAGUUUAUGUUCGUUUUGAUGGGGAACGGAAUUUCGUGACCAGUCGUGUGAACCCAAUUUCCGGACAUGCGAAGACUCGGGAGCACCGAGUUGUCGGAGGACCAGACGCCAGCAAGCCAAUGAGAUCGCCAGUGAGCACCAAAACCCGAAAGGGACGCAUCGGUGUAAGCAUGUUCAACAAUAGGCGAGUAGUAAAUGUUAAUAGCCUUGCCGUUAAACACACGACAAAAGUUUAGCCACCAACAGAAGUCCUUUCGGAGGUCUGAAGUAAUACGAGCUUUAUAAAAGGGGCGUUUCAAGCGAAUAAUAAAGUCAAGAACGCGACGCAAGAAGGUGCGCCCCCCUUUAACGACUUUAGCUAGAAAGUUCAUGAGCCCGGCGACUCGCUGUAAGUCCCGCUUGGAAGCUUUGCGGUGAGAAAUGAGGAAAGUGAGUUGAUCUUCUAAGGCUGAAAUCUUGUCCUCGGGGACAAAGGCCUGCAUAGCAAUUGAAUCGAGAAUAAUUCCGAGGAAUUUGACACUUUGUGAGGGGCCAGAGAGUUUAGACCAAUUGACUUGAAAACCGAGGGAGUGGAGAAGAUGAAUAAGGGUUAGUUGUGCACGAAGGCACUCUUCGCGUGAAGAAGCAACAAUGAGAAAAUCGUCCAAAUAAUUAACAAUGUUACUGAAGCCGUUUCGAGCCAUCAUACGCGUGAGCGCACAGGAAAUCCGGUGAAAAAUACUUGGUGCAUUUUUGAGACCAAAACAAAGAAAAUUGUCUGUAAAGUAUUUGUAAGAACCAUUAAAAGCCCAGCGGAAUCCUUGAAGUGUGCGAUGAGGGGGAUAAACGGGAACCCAUCGAUAGGCAGAUUUAAUGUCGACUGUGGCGAAGAAGCAGUCUGGGCGCAUGAGAGCAAUGGCAUCAUCAAUAGAUUUGUAGCGAUAAGAUUCACAGGAUAUAUAGUCAUUGACAGAGUUAUUAAGAGGGCGGCUCAUGUCGGUGAUAGGUCGAGGCUCGCCAGUGUCCUUCUUUGUAACACUCCCGAUAGCGUUAACACGAAGUGGUUUGUUGAAAACUUCCUCGAUGCGCUGGAAACAGAGUUCGUCCUGAAAGAGUUUAUCGAGGGCAGGUUUUACGGCAGGAUUUUCGGCGCUCCGAUAAUUGUGACAAUCCGCUGGCGAAACAAUAGAAAGAUCGUUGACAAGAUGAAAGCCAUGCGCGAUGCCCGAAAGAAUAAAGGCUUUAUCCGGGUCAGAGUCCAGUUCGCGACACCAAGUAUCAAAAUGUCUCGUAAGCGAGCAGAUGUUGAGCAGAUCUGGAUCUGGAGAGUACGAUGCAGAAAAAUAGGCUGAUGAGGAUGAGUAGGCCGCUGCCAUAGGUGAAUUAGCUGGUCAAUUAGAGGAAGAUUUUUUCCCAGAAGGAGGUUGAGAGCGAUGAAACACAGCGCCAUGUUGCGUGGAAUCACACACCAGACACGCGUGGGUGUAAUUGCAUCCGCCACAGUUAUUAGAAUCUUCGUUCCAUUUGUAACAGUGUUUUCCGAAAGACUUGGAGCUGCCAGCUUGAGAAUUACUUGAGCGAAUGCGACUGCGAUCUCGCGGCCGAACGUGAGGUGCUUUUACUGCCGAGGAGUCGAAGUGGUGGGCUUGCAGAUCGUUGAGAGAGGUAUGAUCGUCGUAAGCGGCCUCUCCACGCGCAACCAUGCCACGAAACUCGUCGUCAAAUUGGAGAAUAGCCGUGGUAGAAAACGCGAUGGCCUUUUUGGACAGGAAUUUCAAGUAACGGCAGAGCUGCUGAGCCUGGGCGUGUUCACCACCUUGUAACAAACCAUCCAGGAUCGAAAAGUAACCAGCAGUAAACUCCGAGUAGGUCAAAUCAAGAGGGUUGACCUUGGAAUCUGACUUGCCGCUACGCGGUUUUAUGUAGAUAGCCUCGUGGGCACGUGGUAUUGAUUUUGAGGGCUUACCUUCCCCAGUCUUGGUCGAUUCGGUAGGGGCGUCCUUUUGUUGGGCUAGGGCCAAGAUAGACGAUUCUAGUACGUCGAGAUCAUUGGCCAUUUGGUCUGCAUCCUUAGUUGUGGACGUUGGUACAGGUGGAGGCAGAGGCGGAGGUGACUGAGACUUUAGAACAGCUUUCCUCAGUAGACAGCGUUGUGCAGAGGAUAAAGAGAAACUCGCAAUAACAUCGGCCGUCAUGGCCCUUAUAGCUUGCAUAGAGACGAAUUCUUCAGUAAUAAGUGCUUUGACGGUGUGGCCGGUAAAGCCAUUGGCCUCGCACCACGCUUGUGUUUCCUCGUCCAUGAAUCAAGAACUAGAUCGAGCUGGCGUAGAGCGCGAGGCGAACCGAGACUGAUUGACCCGUGGCGCGGCGGGUUAGUGAAUGUUACACAAUCAAACGGAAGUGCGUCACUUAAGUGUCAAUUAUACCCAGAUAAACCUAGUCGUUUUAUCUUAAUCAUAAUGAUGAUGAUGAUAAUGAUAAUAAUGAUGAUAAUGAUGAUGAUAAUGAUGAUAAUAAUAAUGAUGAUGAUAAUGAUGAUGAUGAUGAUAAUGAUGAUGAUGAUGAUGAUAAUGAUGAUGAUGAUAAUGAUAAUGAUGAUGAUGAUGAUGAUAAUGAUGAUGAUGAUGAUGAUAAUGAUAAUAAUGGUGAUAAUGAUGAUAAUGAUGAUGAUAAUGAUAAUAAUGAUGAUAAUGAUAAUGAUAACGAUAAAGUGAUAAUAAUGAUGACGAUGGUGAUGAUAAUGAUAAUGAUAAUGAUAACCAUAAUAGUGAAAAUAAUGAUGAUAAUAAUGAUGAUGUUGAUGAUGAUGAUAAUGAUAAUAAUGAUGAUAAUGAUUGCAGUCCUUUGUGGUUAA